AUGACCACCAUCCCCACCCUCACAAAGGCGCCCACCAUCAACCCCAACCCCAACCCGCGCCCCCCGCCCCCAGACCUCCCAAAGCUCCCCAUCCCGCCCCUCAGAGACUCGUGCGCCAGGUAUCUCAGGGCACUCGAAGCACUCCAGACCCCCAGGGAGCAUGCAAAGACCAAGCAGGUAGUCAGGGAGUUCCUCGAAGACGGCGAGGGCGACUUGUGGCAGAAGAAACUGGAGGAGUAUGCCAAAGACAAGGAGAGCUAUAUCGAAGAGUUUUGGUAUGAGAGCUAUCUCUCGCACUCGGAUUCGGUGGUCUUGAGCCUAAACCCCUUCUUCGUUUUGUCCUCCGACGUUACACCUCGAGCCAAUCCUCAGCUCUCCCGCGCAGCUGCACUCAUAACGUCCACACUCUUCUUUAUUCACGAUCUCAGAAAUGGCUUGCUCCAGCCUGACGCGAUCAAAAACAAUCCCUUGGACAUGAGUCAGUAUGAGCGCCUCUUUGGCACUUGUCGAGUUCCCACAGACACCGGAUGCAGGAUGGAAGUCCAUGGUGAUAGUCGACACAUUGCUGUCGUAAGGCGUGGCCAAUUCUACUGGUUUGAUUGCCUCGACUCCAAGAACCGACCGCUUCUCUCUGACCGUGAAAUCUUCCGGAACCUCGACGCCAUCGUCAAGGAUGCCGAAAAGACCCCUACUGCUCAGAUUGCCGAAAACUCUCUCGGUGUCCUCACCACCGAAUCCCGCAAGAUCUGGUCCGGCCUCCGCUCAGACCUCAUUAACUCGAACAAACUCAACCGAUCCUGCCUCGACGUCGUCGAAUCCGCCCUCUUCGUCAUCUGCCUCGACGACACUGAACCCGUCGACACUGCCGAGCUCUGCUCCAACUUUCUCUGUGGAGGGUACAAGCUCGAAAGCGGGGUCCAAGUUGGGACGUGUACCAAUAGGUGGUACGACAAGCUGCAGAUCAUUGUCUGUGAGAAUGGCGAGGCCGGAGUCAAUUUUGAGCAUACGGGUGUCGAUGGGCAUACCGUACUGAGGUACGCGGCAGACGUCUAUACCGAACUCGUCUUGCUAUUCGCAAAGACCAUCAACCCCUCCACCCCCUCCUUGUUCAAAGCCAAGAUGUCUCCCUUUGCCAAGUCUGGAAAAGCGCCGCCCCCUACACCAGAGGAAGAAAUCGAUACCACCCCCAAAAAGCUCGAAUGGCAGCUCACCCCGGAUUUGCGCGCCGGCAUCAAGUUUGCAGAGACGCGGAUCAGUGAUCUCAUUUGUCAGAAUGACAGUCAGGCGCUCGAGUUUAAGGGGUAUGGAGGGGCGUUCAUCAAGAGGCAUGGGUUCAGUCCGGAUGCCUUCGUACAGAUGGCUUUCCAGGCGGCGUACUAUGGGCUUUACGGACGAGUUGAGAGCACAUACGAGCCGGCUAUGACAAAAGCUUUCCUGCACGGUCGAACCGAGUCUAUUCGUACGGUCCAGCCUGAGAGUUUCUCUUUUGUGAAGACCUUCUGCUCCGACUCGGCCACCGUCCAAGAAAAAGUCAGCGCCUUGCGCAAGGCAUGCAAAAGACACUCUGAGCUCACUGCAGAGUGUUCAAAAGGUCUCGGACAAGAUCGCCAUUUCUAUGCUCUCCACUGCCUUGCUCAGAAGGAAGUUAUGGCUUACGAGUCCGCCCACCCCUCCCUCUCACCUCGCGAAGCCCUCCGCCGUUUCUCCAUGGCGUCCCAACAACCGUCCAGCCCUCCUACCAACAACAAGGGUAACGGUAAACCCGACAUGAACAGCAUCAACGGCCACGGCGCCAGCCCCCCAGGUGCCGAUACCUUUAGCCCAGUCAUCGACCUCGAGCGCCCUACCAUUCCUGCCCUCUUCACCGACCCCGGCUAUGGGCUUUUGGGGACGAGUGUCUUGAGCACGUCGAAUUGCGGGAAUCCCGCGUUGAGAUUGUUUGGUUUCGGGCCGGUCACGCCGGAAGGCUAUGGCAUUGGAUAUAUCAUCAAAGAUGACGGUAUCUCUGUUUGCAUGUCCUCCAAACAUCUCCAGACUCGUCGUCUCCUGUCCACCCUCCACGCAUACCUCCUCGAAAUCCGCAGUAUGCUCAUCCUCCUCUGGAAGGACGCCAACGAACGGCCCGAGACGUCCUUCAUGGACCAUUUCGGUGUGCUCCGAGACGCCAAGACGGGCAAGGCGCUGCAGAUGGUGGAGCAGGAUGAGGCAGGGGAGGGGAGAGAUUUCGGGGAAGAGGGUAUGGGCGGAUUUGGGUUCUUUGAUGUAGAGACGCAGACCCAGAUGCCGCAGUCGAGGAGAAGGAGAACAUUGGUGGGAAAGACGCUCAGUAUUGCCGAGUACUAG